GUGGGAGGCAGGGGAGCACAGGAGGUGAACAAGCUACUAUGGAGGAGGAAGAGGAUGAUGAUGACGAUUUCAGUGAUGGCAGCGACAGUGAACAGCAGGACAAUGGUGCCAAGGAGGGAGGCGGCAGCGGUACGGCAUCAUGGAGCAGCUGGUCGAGGAGACAAAACAAACAGCUCUCGCGGCGGCGAAAUAUGCAACAACAAGACCGGAAACUGCAGGGGCAGGACGUGGGCGACAGCAGCCGCAACAGGCGCGGUGCCAGGGGUACGACAGGCUGUGCCUCGACACCGGCUGCGGCUAUCCUAUUCCUGGGGUCGUUGGUGGCGGUUUCGUUGGCGGUUGCGGUGUGGUCGAGUGUGCGGGUGGUGCCGUACAGUCCUGCCGCCCCCCGCCGCCUCACCAUCACACACCUGCAUGAGACCGGGGUGUGGGUGCCGGAGUUCGACAUCACAACAGAGCAGCUAGCAGCAGCGGCAGAGGCAGUGGAGGCAGUAACGUCAGCAGCAGGGGACGGCAGUCCUGCCCACCAGCACCACCGACACCAGCAACAGUUGCUGUCAUUAUCAUCACUCGUACAACCGGCACCGCCAACCAACCCAACCGCAAAGCUCGUCCUGGGUAUCACCGACUCCAACCCCUGGCGCCAACUCUUCCCGGGACCCUCCGAUCCUGCGGAGAAUGCAGCGCGGCUCUUCUCAAACGCCGCAGCUGUGCCACAACCUAACAAUGAAGGCGGAGAACAAGGGGAAGGAGGGGCAGGAGGAAACACAGCAGCAGGAGAAGUAGGGGGCGUGCUGACGUCACUACCGGUACUCGGCAUCAGCGGCCACGAGUUUGCCUCCUUGUUUCCGCUGAGUGGGCUGCUGGGUAAGAUGGUGCUGCCGGCGAGGCCAAGCGCCGCACCGCCCGUUGCCGUACCGCCGUACAUCAGAAAGCUGAGGGACGAGAGUGUCAACUGCAGCUGCAGCCGCGGUAGCAGCAGCGGUGGUAGCGGCGCUAGCAGCACCUACGAGGGCUGUACGGCAGAUGCGGAGGAGGUGGCUGUGGACUCACCUGCUGGCACCUCCCACCGCGCUCCCCGCCAGCGCUGCCGGCUGUUGCAGCUGCGGCUGUUCUCGGCUGCACACUGCUGGGGAGUCCUCAACAUCACCACCACUACCAUCCCUGCCUCCGUCAGCACCAUCAGCAUGGCUGGUGCCACAAGGGAUGCGGCUUCAGGGGCCUCAACUGCAGGUGCUUCGGAUGGUGUGAGGGUGACGAGGCUUCGGAGCUGGUCGCUGCCCUCGCCCCCGGUACCGCUGCCACCGCAGCAGCGGGGUGGGGGUGGGGGUCUGAAGGGCCGGGGUCGCAAUAGCCGUGCCGUUGCCGCUUCCUCCUAUAUGGUAAGGUUUAGCCAUGUCGCGGACUCGCCCUUUUGGGACAUAUCGCUGGAGCUCGAGGUGGAGGAGGUGGAUGAGGGGGAGGAGGGGACGAGGAGUGAUGUUAGCAACAGCAGCAGAAAAGGUAGUGCGAGGAGCGCUGAUGACCCAUGGGUCACCGUGGACCUGAGCAUCACCUACCUGCCCCUCACACCCGAGCUGCGUGCCGUGGUAAAGGCACUGCCGGAGUGGGUCGCUCCGACUUGGAUUGGUACGACAUACCACUCGUCGUACGCUUACUAAGUGAGGUAUAUGGUAAUAGGUGUGCAUAUUGCAAGUAACGUAGCCUGACAGGCGUGCUGAGGGUAUGUGUUUUUGAUACAGAAAGAGUUGCACGUUGUGUUUGUACAUAUGCUGUGCUGUGCCUACCACCGGUACGUAUGUGUACCGGUAUGACGAUAUGCCAUUUCAAUUGUAUGCUGUCUGUGCAUGUCCAAUUUCCUUCGUUGGCGAAACUGGAUUUCAAUCCACAUAACAUAAAUGCACUAUUAAUCCCAAAGCGCUGUCGUUAACAGCACGGCCAUGGCAUGAUGCUGGGCCAGCCGAGAAGUGGAUACGUGCACUCACGAUAGCACUCACAAUACAACUGAUGACGGGGUUGAGCGUUCUGUUGUUGUUCGGGCCUGGUGCAGGACAGGCGAUGCGGUGCUCGUGGUUGCAGUGCGGGACUUUAAAGUUGGAGGGAAGAAGAAGGGUAGCAUGCUUGGUUAUCCUGAGCUGGGGUAAUCUCAAGCAGAGAUGGAGCUGCAGAGAGAAGAAGAGCGGAGGAAUGCAUCGCACAUAUUCUCUACUUGGC